UACAGUUUCAAAUUCAUAGCCGUUAACCUACCACGCCAACAAUGUUCCACCCCCCUCUCCUCUUCACUCUCUCCCGCCACUUCCUCCGCCGCCACCACCACCGCCACCUCUCAACACUCUCCCACACUCUCUCCCACCCUAUCUACACCAUCUGGUCUGCCAACACCGGUCUCGGCAAAACCCUAGUUUCCGCUGGCAUCGCCGCCGCCUCCGUCGCAUCACCACCGUCAAAACUAGUCUAUAUAAAACCAAUCCAAACCGGUUACCCUCUCGAUUCCGACGCCGCCUUCGUUUACCGUAAAAUUCCCCAAAUUCUCCACCGUAGAAACCCUAAUUUAACCCUAACAGCUUCGAACCAAACCCUAAAUGUCUCAAUUCCCGCUGCAAAAGUCAAAAUUGGUGAUAAUUUUAGUGAUAGUAGGAAUGGAUUUGGGGAAUUUGGGUUUUGUGAAGAGAUGAAGGUUGGAGAGGGGGUGGGGGAGGGGAGUGAGUUGAUUUGUAAGACGAUUUACGCGUGGAACGAGGCGAUUUCGCCGCAUUUGGCUAGUGAGAGAGAAGGGGCACUUGUUGGGGAUGAGGAGGUGUUGGUGUUGUUGAAAAAGUGUUUGGAGAUUGGGGUGGGAAGCGAGGGACAAGGUAGUGUUUUGAGCUUGGUUGAGACGGCUGGUGGUGUUGCUAGUCCGGGAUCUUCGGGUUCUCUUCAGUGUGAUUUGUAUCGGCCAUUUCGGCUACCUUCUAUCCUUGUGGGUGAUGGAAAAUUAGGGGGUAUUUCUGGGACAAUUUCAGCGUAUGAAAGUUUGACAAUACGAGGUUAUGAUGUCGUUGCUAUUGUGCUGGAAGAUCAUGGCCUUGAAAAUGAAGUACCAUUGUUGUCUUAUUUAAGAAACAGGGUCCCGGUUCUUGUUCUUCCAUCUAUCCCAAAAGAUCCUUUGGACAACCUGAUGGAGUGGUAUGAUGAAUCACAGAGCGUCUUUGACUCAUUGAAGGGGAUAAUGCUAUCAUCAUAUGAAAAACAAAUGUAUAGAUUACAUGAAAUGCCAAAAAAGGCUCAAGAAAUCUUUUGGUGGCCCUUUACUCAACACAAACUUGUACCACAAGAAAAGGUCACGGUUAUUGAUUCUCGGUGCGGGGAAAACUUUGCAGUUCAUAAGGUGAAGGAUCAUGAUUAUAUUACUCAAAUGUUUGAUGCUUGUGCAAGCUGGUGGACUCAGGGCCCUAAUGCUGCUUUACAGAUUAAGCUGGCACGGGAAAUGGGUUAUACUGCUGCUAGAUAUGGCCAUGUAAUGUUUCCCGAGAAUGUUUACGAGCCAGCACUCCAGUGUGCUGAGCUUUUGCUUCAAGGUGUAGGAAAAGGGUGGGCUUCUCGUGUAUUUUUUUCGGACAACGGAUCAACAGCAAUUGAAAUUGCUUUAAAGAUGGCAUUUAGGAAAUUCUUGGCUGACAAUAAAUUGCUUAUGGAUCUUCCCCACUAUAACACCGAUGAAAGCAAUAUCGAGCUCAAGGUGGUAGCACUUAAUGGAUCUUAUCAUGGAGAUACAUUGGGUGCUAUGGAUGCACAGGCCCCAUCACCCUACACUGGUUUUCUCCAGCAACCAUGGUACACUGGAAGAGGCGUUUUUCUGGACCCGCCUUUUGUUUCCAUGUGUGACGGUGUUUGGAAAAUAGCCGUUCCUAAAAAGAUGCAUUAUGAAGAUGUGAUUUUGGAAGAUACGUCAUUCAACUCCCGUGACCAAGUUUUUAAUAGAAGCAGAGAUGAUUCAAAACUUGCUUCCAUUUAUUCAACGUAUAUAUCGCAAGAAUUGCUGCCGAGUUCAGGAUCAACAAAAUGUUCUUAUGCUGGGGCAUUAAUUAUAGAACCAGUGAUACAAGGGGCUGGUGGGAUGCUGAUGGUUGACCCGCUGUUCCAGCGCAUACUUGUAAAAGAAUGCAAAAAUAGAAAAAUCCCGGUUAUUUUUGAUGAAGUUUUUACAGGCUAUUGGCGCUUGGGAGUUGAGUCUGCAGCAGAGUUACUUUUCUGCCAACCCGAUAUAGCCUGUUUCGCAAAGUUAAUGACAGGUGGCAUGAUACCAUUGGCUGCUACAUUAGCGACAAAUGAUGUUUUUGAAUCAUUUGUUGGAGAUUCAAAGUUAAACGCCCUUCUUCAUGGCCACUCUUAUUCCGCACAUGCUGUCGGGUGUGCGACCGCUUGUAAUUCCAUCAAGUGGUUUAAAGAUUCUCAAACCAAUCCUAAUCUUGUUCCGGGACAAAAUCUUUUGAGAGAGUUAUGGGAUGCAGAGCUAGUUCGGAAGAUCUCAUUUCAUCCUGCAGUUCAAAGAGUGGUUUCAUUGGGAACUCUCUUUGCUUUGGAGCUCAAAGUAGAAGACAAUGAUGCCGGGUAUGCAUCACUAUCUGGAACGUCUCUACUUUUAAAGCUUCGGGAAGACGGGAUUUACAUGCGUCCCUUGGGAAAUGUGAUUUACAUGAUGUGUGGGCCCUGCACAUCCCAUCGGGUUUGCUUGCAAAUGCUGGAGAAACUCUACAUGAGACUUGAUGAGUUCAAGCAAGAAAAGAUUGGAACGGCCCGCGAUUAUGAUCAUGAUCACAGAUUACCAAUAGCAUAGGGGUGAAUGCUAGUUGUAACCUUAUUAGAAAGAAUAUAAUUAGGAGGGAGACAGCCCAACAAUACGGCGAAUGCUAGUUGUAACCUUAUUUGUUGGAGAUAAUCUCCAUAUUAUUCUUAUCUUUUAGAGGUACAGUUAUUUUAUCUGGUUUGACCCA